AUGCAAGAGCCCUCCACAAAUGAAAUAGAAUCGCCUCUGCAACAUGUCGGCGACGACAUCGGAUUAGAUACCCUGCAGGGAAUUCUGGUCAAACCACAGACGGGCUACAGGACGCCCACAUACGAUUCGCAGGACAUUGAUGAUGAUAUAGAGAUCAGAAACGAUGGUAGUGCCGCUUUAUUGGGCUCAGGCGGAAGAACCAGGGGACCCGAACGGAUACCUUCUGGAAGUGUCUGGUCACAAGUUGGCAGCCUUGUUGUCGAAUGUGCACCCACGCUUCUUAUGACUACCAUAAGCCUUCUAUUCACUGGGGAACUCCUUGACCGUGUGUCACGUUGGCGGGCAAUGCGCACCAUUGAUGAGCUAAUAAUGAUCGUUCCUGUUGUCUUAAAUCUCAAAGGCAACUUAGAGAUGAAUCUUUCUGCUAGAUUGGGAACUGCGGCUAAUAUGGGCGGACUAGACGACAGGGGCGCACAACGCAAGAUCGUGGGUGGUAAUCUGGCACUCUUACAGGUGCAAGCUACUGUCGUCGCAUUUGUCGCAGCUUGUGUCGCAAUGCUUCUCGGUCUUUUUGUCCCACAGUAUUCGAGUCCUGUAGACCCCUUUCCACAGAAUAGCACUUCAUCGCUCACUGCUAGGGUACCCAGACCGUCGUUGCCUCUAGGUGACAAUCAGCAAUCGGGUUCAGUCAGAUUCGCGAUGGUGGCCUCUUCAGCUAUGACAUCCACAUGCUUGUCGAGCAUUAUCCUCGGUGUCUUUAUGUCUUUCCUAGUUAUCGUCUGUCGACGGUAUGGCCAUAAUAUUGCGCCACCGAUAGCAUCGGGCCUUGGGGACCUACUCACACUCAGUCUUCUUGGCGCCAUUUCCUCUAUCCUCAUUAAUGUCGUCAAUACUCCCAUUCCUCUCAUUUGUAGCAUAUUGACUAUUCUCUCCGCCACGAUAUGUGUUCUCCUGGUGAAGCGUAACAAAAGUGUCAAGGAUUUGCUCUACCAGGGCUGGAUUCCACUUUUUGGCGCAAUGGCGAUUUCUUGCGCUAGUGGCAUUGUGCUUGAUAUGUUCGUCUCUCGCUAUAAAGGGUUCCCCCUUCUUGCUAUCGCUAUCAGUGGUGAGUGGGGCGAAUCUUACUGUCUAUAUUUUUAUAAUGCGGGAGAACAGGACUCCCUGGCAGCGUUGGGUCUAUAUUUGUCUCCCGACUCUCGACUGCUCUUCACACGGCAUCUGCGAACUCGUACCUGCACAAAAGCGAACCUUCCCCCAAACUUGUCAUGGUUACGUUCAUUCUCAUCACGGUCCCGAUAG